AUGACCGCUGGCUCCUCAAGAUCCUUGACCUUAUCCUGGCAUGUCCUACUUGGACUCUGCCUCUGUCUCUUGCUCAGCCUCCAUCUUUCACUUGGCCAAGAUGCCGCUACCCAUAGUGAAGACUUGAACCCGUUCAUGGGCCGCAGUCAGGCGGCGACGAAUAGUGUGUCAUACUUUAGGGCGUCGAUCCCAAUGCGGAUCUACGAGUGCCUGCGCGAGUUCAGCAUGCUGCACUGCACCAAGCUGUAUGUGCUUCGGAAGAUGGAGGAGCGGACCAAGAUGCCCAGCACUGGCAACCUGACCCGCGAUUUUCUGGAUCAGUUCUUCGGCGAGGAGACCCAAAUGGGCAGCCUGGUGGCCAAAAAGUACCUGAGCAUGUCUGAGAAAGAGCUCAACCAGCGGCUGGUGGUCAACUUUCAGCGGUUCUUCAAGCACCGCGAUCUUAAGCUGCACUUCCUCAACGGAAUGCUGGUGAAGAUCGUGCCCAGCAAGGACAACAAGCUCAAGUUCUCGCUCAAGAAGGCUUCCAAAUCUCGUAUGGGACGAGCCCGGAGACGUGAGACUGAGGAGAUGGACCUCAACCUGAUCAACCUUCCGUCCAUCAGCGGCGGUGGCGUCAACAGUGGCAGCGUGGAAAACUAUGAGCCAGAGCCGGAGGGCGAUUCCAAGCAACAGGGUUUGGGUGGUGGAGGCGGUGUGGCCGGUGGCGAUGCCGGUGGCGGGGGUAUUUUAGGAAAGCGCAAGAAAAAGAACUCGUACAAGGUGACCAUGAUGCAGGUGGCGGUGCCAAUGCUAAUCUUCCCUGUAGUCUUGCUGGGUAGCCUGCUGCCUUUUAUACUGCCUGCGCUUAAGAUGGCCACCAUCCUGUCGCUGGUUUUGAACAAUGGAGCCUUCAUGGCGGCCUUAAUGUACGCAGCCCGGACGCAGUUCAAUACCCACGAGGAGCAGCACAUCAGCUACAGUUAG